AUGAAUCCACAGUACGACUACAUUCUCAAAAAUUCCCCCCCAAAAAGUAAUUACGACGAGUCUUUAAAAGGACUUGUGAUGGUACCGUUUGAAGGUGGCUCUCCCAUUCCGGUGAGGUAUGUUUUAUCCAAAGAGAAUCCGUUCAACUUUUCAUUGCUGUUAUUCCACACGGCCGGCAAAGAUCUUUCAGAGCUCGACAAUUCGAUGGAUAUGCUUACAAAGAUCUUUCGAGCUCGGUGUAUAACAUUUGAUUAUCCGGGGUAUGGGCUGAACAAAAAUGACAAAAGUGUAUCUUUAGAGACAACAGUAGAUGCCGUCUUACAAUCUAUGAGAGUUAAAGGGUAUAGAGAUGAUCGUGUGUUAUUAUUAGGGCAUACUUUUGGGUGUGGUCCAGCACUUCAUUACUGUAAUGUGUUAUGUGAACGAAAGAAAGCAACGGUAUCAACAGAGACUUCAGGGAUCAUCUUGUUAUACCCAACAGAAGAUGUUCCUUUAGGAAUUGACUUGAAAUUAGACCACCUUUUUAAUCCAACACAGAACGUUAUAUACUUCCAUACCCUUUUCCUCUUCUCUAAAGGAGAGAACACAUUCAAAUCAAAUAAAGUGAUUCAAAAGUUGCGAGAGGACGACGAUAACUAUAAACAACGCGUGAUGACAUGUACACACAAGUUCACAAAAUUGGACGAGACAGUGUCGUUGAAUCGAUCGCAAGCACUUUCGAUCAUCGAGUUGACGCACACGUGGUUCAAGAAGCUCGAUGUCGCGAUAACAAAGUACAAAACACUUCGCCUUAAUAUUGCGAUGACCGUGACGACCGCGUUGAAGACAUCGAAGAAGAUCCCCGCCCUCCCCACACAUAAUUUGUUCUAUAUGAAUACCUUCCUGACAAAAAAUAAGAUGGACGAGUUGGUCCCGAUGUUCGAGGAAAAGAAGAUCUACUCGAUCGUCUACGUCGUGAUGAGCAAUUUAGAAAACUCGACACUAGCGGGGGAAGAUCAGAAGAUCCUCGACUUACUUAAACACGCAUGUACUAUCUUUAAACCUUUUGUGUCGCGGCCGUGGACCAUCUUGAAGAAAGACUAUUUGACUCGGCCAAUUCGGAUUUGUCCAUCGACCGAUUUAUUGAAGAAAGUGAAGCUCAGUCAGUCGACUAAAAAGUUAAAAGAGGGAGGGGGGAACGCAAUGGAAAUCGAAUUGGAAGAGGAACAACAUGUUAAAACACCUUGUCUGAUCAAUUUCGAAGUUCCAGUUUGGGCUAAGGGAGUCGCUUGUGAUUUCCAAAACGUCUUGGUUAGACCAAUCAAUUUCCUCGACUUCUUCGCUAUGAAGGAAAUGCUCCAUAAAAGAAGAACUGGAAACACCGAACAAAUCUGA